AGAAGUAAGCAUUUUUUCUAAUGUUGCCUAGAAUCAGUGGCUCUGUGAAUCAGGAGCCGAAUAAAGAAUUUUGCUUUCUACUCUGUGCUUCUAUGAGAAUCACAAGUUGCACCUCUUCCUUCCUUUCCGUAGACUAAGUACCAUAUAAAUCACACUGAUGUUUAUUCUAGGUUUUAUGUAAAGUAUUUCUACCCCAAAAGUAUUACAUACAAUGUAGAAACAUUGGCAGUGUCUUCAGCAAAGGUCAGAGUUUCAGCUUAGUGCCCAAAGGUCCCCUGACAAACAUCCAAAACCUUCUAGUUGAAGUCAGUAAUUAUUAAUUCCCUUGUUACCAAGAUCUGUUUGAGGUAUAAGCAGAGAGCAGAGAAAGGAAAGAGAAAUACAGAUCAUUCAUUUUUCUUCAUUUCAAAAUAGUAUUUUUUGUGACUCAUCUGAAAUGUCAUUGAACAACAAAAAUAAAUCUAUGCACAGCCAAAGACAUUCCUAAGACCCAGAGAUCUAAGGAAGAAAACAACAGUUGGAUCCUUAAGCAGAGAGCAGUUUUAGUUUUGUUUUUAAUAACUUCCUUGCACUUUAGUCCUUUUCAGAAUUUGAGUUUGCCCCCAGAAUAGAAGUCUGUAAAUUCACUAGCUGGAACACUUUGCUCCCAUGCUGAAAAGGCUUUGUAAUAAAAAGAAGUUGAAAGGCUCUCACAGCAUACUUGGAAAACUGCCUUUUAAUAUCCGUUAAUAUACCUGGCCCCUCUGUUAAAUGGGGCCUGGAGUUGCAGGUUGGCCAGAACCGGACAUUUCAUUCUUGGUAAGAAGGAGUAAAAACUAUCAAGCCACUUAGAGAUGGCCAGCAACCUUCAUGCCAGCUAGCAUUCUAUGCCAACUUUGAAUACCAACAAGAAGUCACUGGACAGAAAAUUCUUCUAAGAUCAUAUCUUACUGUUGGAAUAAGACAAAAACGAAGAUAAGAAUUAACACCAUGGCAAAAAUGAAUAGAUCUGGGUCUGCCAACCCUCCUGACGGAGGCUGGGGCUGGAUGAUUGUGGCUGGCUGUUUCCUUGUUACCAUCUGCACCAGGGCAGUCACCAGAUGCAUCUCAAUUUUUUUUGUGGAGUUCCAGACAUACUUUUCUCAGGAUUAUUCACAAACAGCAUGGAUCCAUUCCAUUGUAGAUUGUGUGACAAUGCUCUGUGCUCCUCUUGGGAGUGUUGUCAGUAACCAUUUAUCCUGCCAAGUGGGAAUUAUACUGGGUGGCUUGCUUGCAUCUACUGGUUUCAUCUUGAGCUCAUUUGCCACCAGCCUGAAGCAUCUCUACCUCACUCUGGGAGUUCUUACAGGUCUUGGAUUUGCACUUUGUUACUCUCCAGCUAUUGCCAUGGUGGGCAAGUAUUUCAGCAGACGGAAGGCCCUUGCUUAUGGCCUUGCCAUGUCAGGGAGUGGCAUUGGCACCUUCAUCCUGGCUCCUCUGGUUCAGCUCCUCAUUGAACGCUUUUCCUGGCAGGGAGCAUUACUCAUUCUUGGGGGAUUUGUUUUGAAUCUCUGUGUUUGUGGUGCCUUGAUGAGACCACUUGCAGUAAAAGAGGAGCAUUCAAGUCCCAAGCAGAGCCAUACCUGUCUAACUCAGAAAGAAGACUCCAAGCAGACAUCUCCCUAUUCGCCUUUCACCAAAGAAUGGGUGCAGACUUGCCUUUGUGGCUCUUUACAGCGGGAAUACAGCUUUCUACUGAUGACAGAUUUUGUGGUGUUGGCCAUCUCUGUUCUGUUUAUGGCUUAUGGAUGCAGCCCACUCUUUGUGUAUUUGGUCCCGUAUGCUCUGAGUGUUGGAGUAAGUUACCAGCAAGCUGCUUUUCUUAUGUCCAUACUUGGAGUGAUUGAUAUCAUUGGCAAUAUCACAUUUGGAUGGCUAACUGACAGAAGGUGUCUGAAGAAUUACCGGUACAUUUGCUACCUCUUUGCCCUGGGUCUAGAUGGACUAUGCUAUCUCUGCCUCCCAAUGCUUCAAAGUUUCACCCUUCUUGUGCCUUUCUCUUGUAUCUUUGGCUACUUUGAUGGAGCCUAUGUGACCUUGAUUCCAGUAGUAACUGCGGAAAUAGUGGGGACCACAUCUUUGUCAUCAGCACUUGGUGUGGUAUACUUUCUUCAUGCUGUGCCAUACUUGGUGAGCCCACCCAUUGCAGGGUGGCUGAUGGAUAAGACUGGCAGCUACACUGCGUCAUUCCUUCUCUGCGGAUUUUCCAUGAUCUUUAGUUCUGUGCUGCUUGGCUUUGCAAGGCUUGUAAAAAGGAUGAAAAGGACCCAGGUGCAAUUCCUUGCCAAAGAAUCAGAGCCCAAGCUUCAGCUGUGGACCAAUGGAUCGGUGGCUUAUUCUGUAGCAAGAGAAUUAGAUAAGAAAGAUGAAGCUGUGGCUCCUGCCAUGCCUGGCUACGACCUGACAUGACCAAUGAAUGGCCCUGAGUCUGAUGGAGCUGGAUCCAGGAGAGUGUUCACUUUUCUGAAGCAUUUUAUUUCAACAAAGUAUUGCCUUCUGAGAAAAUGAUGAUUAUACAUCCUGCUUUUGUUAACAUCUUUAUAAGGAAAAGUAGCAAAUAAUAAUAAUAAUGAAAAGCUGAUCUCGCCUAGAGUUUCCUCAUUUGGGAGUUGUACUCAAAAAUCGAAAUGGGAUCUUUAGCAUUGGAGCCAUAGCUCCACAGGGAAUAUAAGAGCACAACGGAUAUAAUUAGCUGUGAUUAGGAAAGACGCUUAGACUUAACCAAAGCAGAGGACACUGGGCAGAAGCAUUUCAUCCUAAAGUUUCUGCCUCUUGUCUUCCCUCCUCAGAAGGCAGGCAGAAACAUUGACAUGUGGAGUUGCUCACCUUGUACUGUUUGAGAAGGUGGAGAUGGAGGUUUACUCAGGUGUGGCAGUAGAGAUGCCAAGCCUUUCCAUUUAAAUCGAGUGACCAAAGAAUACUUGAAAUGCUUCUAAAGUCUAUGAUGAAUACAGACAUAGAGACUUUUCUUUCCCUCUUAAUCUUCCAGCCAGACUUUGCCCUUGCCAAUAAGUAGAUAUCACUUUAAGAAUAAAACAAACAACAAACACCAAAAAACCUGAAAUGGCAUCGUUGGAAGGGAGUGACUCUAAGAUCUUCUGUUUGAACUUUCCCCCUUGACAAGGCAAGCUCUUUUCCUAGGACAGUGUCCCAGGCAUGCACUCUGUCACUAGCACAUGCUCACUCCAAACAGAGUAGAAUACAAGUCACCGGGCACCUUGCUAUCUUUCCUGAAAUGCUAAUACCACAAAAUCUUCCUAUUUCUGCUUCUUCUGGAAACAUUUUUUUUAAAAAAGGUGUUACUUGAAUGUAGAUGUAUUCCUGUUAGGAACAGAAAAAUGCUGACAGUAUUCCAAUUGGGUGGGAAUUGAAAUUUUAGAUCAUCAGGUCUCUGGUGGUGAUCUUUGAAGACAAAGAUGCUUGAAUUCAACAGAUCAGUGUAUGAGUACUAUGCAUCCUUCCAUAUUUCUUCUCCCAUUUCUCCCAACCCAACCCAUCCCCUCAGGUUACCUGCUUCCAUAUUUCCCCGUGUUCCCAUUUCUCAGUGUGAUAAUCUUUUUGUUCCAAUGUCUACUUCCCUUCAUCUCUUUAUGAACAACAUUGGAAACCUAACUUAUUAAUUUAUUCGUUCUCAACACUUCACUUUCUGUGAUCUGGAAUCAUUUUGUGUUUUCAGUUUAGGGAGAAAGGGCAUAGAGAAAAGAGCUAAAUCGGGGUGUCCUGUUUGUCUCCAACAGUUUCAAUCCAUUACCAUCUGAAAUCCCAAAUCAUAUCACACCUAAAAACAAGGGCAGGAUAUGUCAUUAAAACAAGGGAUUUAAAUUUAUUGAAGAGUUGAAAAUCCAGGGAAAUUUUUUGGCCUCUAAGGCCAAUAAGCCAUUGUCUGCAAAGAGGCUUUACAAGUGCUAGGCUGAG